AUGGCGGUUCCCAAGCAUUUCACCGGCUACGGCUCGAAGUCGGCGAGCGAUUGGCAGAAUCUCGGGAAGAUCGAAUUCGAGCCCAAGCCAUUCGAAGAGUACGAUGUCGACAUCAAAGUCCAGUUCUGUGGUGUUUGCGGCUCAGAUCUGCAUACAUUGAGUGGCGGCUGGGGCGGAACCAUGUAUCCUUCGGUCGUCGGUCACGAGAUUGUAGGCGAAGCGGUGCGGGUGGGAGAUAAAGUAAAGUCGGUCAAGGUUGGAGAUACAGUUGGCGUCGGCCCCAAUGCCUGGAGCUGCGGUGACUGCUCGUCCUGCCAGAGAGGCUUGGAGCAGUACUGUCCUGAUCUGGUGGAAACAUACAACUUCAAGUACAAAGACGGGUCGAGGUCCUGGGGCGGCUAUUCCAACUUCGCCCGUAUCAACGAGAGAUUUGUGUUCCCCGUCCCAGCGGAGAUCCCGCCGGCGGAAGUGGCCCCUCUCUUCUGCGCCGGCUUGACUGUCUUUUCUCCCUUGAAAGCGAACAAGAUCGGCCCUGGGUCGCGGGUCGGCGUAGUCGGGAUCGGAGGAUUGGGUCACUAUGCGGUCUUGUUCGCCAGUGCCAUGGGUGCUGCUGUGACGGCGAUCUCGCACAGUCCGCGCAAAAAGGACGAUGCGACCAAAUUGGGUGCCACGUCGUUUGUGGUGACAUCCGAGCCGGGCUGGGAAGAGGCACACACCAGGAGCCUCGACUUGAUUCUUUGCACGUCUUUUGCAAAGGACAUGCCGUUGAAGGAAUACCUGGCCCUUCUGGACGUCGGAGGCUCGCUGGUCUAUGUCGGGAUUCCCGAGUCGGAUCUUCCACCCCUACCUCCAACACUCAUGGUCGGAACUAAUUCAGCCCUGAGAGGGUCGAAUACCGGCAGCAAAGACGACGUGCUGGAGAUGCUGGAAUUGGUCAAGGCAAAAUCCAUCCGGAGCUGGAUCACCGUUCAUCCGAUGAGCCAGUGCGCCGAGGUUGUGGAAAGACAGAGAAAUGGUGAGGCCAGGUUCCGAUUCGUGCUGAAAAUGGAUGGUAGCUUGCCAUAG